UAAACUGUUUCAGUGAUCACUGUUGUUGAAGGUUCAUCUCAGCUGGGCCAUUUCAUGAGAUUAAAGUUGUUAAAAACAGUUUCUGCUGGCACUGCCUGCACAGGAGCAGACAAGCAUACAGUCUCAGUAAUCUAAAGACCUUUUUUUCCUCUUUUUCUACCUCCAUGUUCUCACUGGAAAUCUAAAAACACUUCCUUUCUUACAGCACAAACAUCUGGCAUCACAAGAAAAGACUUCCUGGCAUUGCCUUUGUUGCCAUAACUGGCAGAUCCCCAGUGAGUGGAAGCCUCUUGUAGAAAAGACUUGGAGGCUGAUUGCUUUGGUCCAGAACAUUUACAGUGAAAGCCCUGAGGUUAAUUGUGUUCAGCUGUGGUAGAUAACCACAGCCUUGCAAUGGCCCGCUGUAGGAACUGCUAACUAAUGUUCUUGGGGGUGAUGGGGCACUAGCCUAAGGGAGACACUCCAGCAGUAGCAGAGUGGGGGGCAGAUGGGCUGCACCUAUGCAAUUUCUUAUUUCUAUAGGGGAAAUCUUGGGAAUCUGUUUAUUCCUCCUGCUAGUGUGGACUGAUGGUCCUAGCCCCUUGUACUGUGUGGUCAGAAAAUGUGUUUCAAUUACCAGCUCACCUAAAUCAUGCCAUGAGACUAAAGCAGGUCAUUAGUUAAUUUGUAAGUUGUUUGACAUUAGCCAGAAGUGAACAAGGGGGCAAAUAAUGCCUAAUGUAUAAGUGCAGCUCAGAAAUUUCACAAAGAAAAUAAACUAAGCACAGAUUUGGUCCUUAAACAAGGAACAAGAAGUAUUAGUGCAAUUCGCCAAAGGGAUCAGGCAGCUUAAGAAGUGCGGGCAGCCCUAAUUGCUGAUGAGGUGCAGGUGGAAAGGAUCAGGCCACGGGGUGGACCCCGCCCCCUCCCCCGCAGUUGAAAGAGCCUAGCUGAGAGCGCAUGAAGGGGAAGGUUGUGGUUGUUGUUAUAGUUAAUACGGGGGAAGUGGUUGUUUGUUUUGCAUCUAGAAGGGCACUGUUUCUGUUUGUUAAAUUUGAGGGACUGGGGUUUUUAUGUUUGCCUCUUUUCUGAGAGAGGCUUAAAAUAGGUGGUGUGUUAAGGGGCUUGGAAAGACAUGUGAUUGUGUUUUGGCAAGCCCAGUUUGCAGGAGUUGUAGUUCCUAUAUCUUCAAAGCUGUGUGGACCGUGUGUUUGCCUGCUGUUGCCAGGGCAUGGACAGAGGAAAGAUCUUGGAGCAUCCAAAGAGGAACAGGAACUUGCAGUGGAUCUGCUUGGAGGACAGUGACUGUUUCUGUAUGGCUGCAUGAGCCUCAGGCCCGACACCAAGCAGAAGUUCUGAAGUGUGAGGCCCAAAAGAGGCUUUCCAAGCUGGUGACCUGGAUGAAGAGAUGUGGGAAGUCUGAAGCCUGCAGGAAGUUUGAAGCCUCUGUGAGCAGAUAUACCAAAGACCUGUCAGCUGUUGCUCGACUAAGGCAGUGGAAGAUGGACAGCCAGCCCAGGUGCCUUUUAACAGCGGACCAGAGUCCCAUGGCACUGCUCUUCUCCCCAGCAGUGGGCCAGCCACCUGUUUUCCCCAAACCUUGGGACUUGCCUCAUCUCUUCACAGCCUGACAACAGCCCUUCUGCUAUCAGGGCUUCUUUUGCAGGCUUGGACAAAGACUCAAGGUACAGUCACAGUUCCCAUAACUAUCACUGCCCAGUUGAGAAAAGCAGCAGGUGAUGCAUCUUCAGCCUGAUGCCCUAUUGUCACAUACCAGAAGCAAGAGAACACGUGCUUGCUCCAGCACGUGUCCAACAACCCACAAGAGCGCAAUAGAGACCCUCGCUUAAACCAGUGGGGGAGCUUGGGAGGGAGGUAGCACGCACUGGCAGCAGCUGACUUAGAAUCUGGGAAGUUCUCCAACUUUCCCUUCAGUCUGCCCUGUGUUUUUUGAGGUGGCUUGUUCCAGUACCAUCACAAAGGCUGUGACCCCUUCUUAUUCACACUGCUUGGUUUCUCUGGAACUUUUUGCAACUGAACCAAAGCAGUUCUUGUUUGGAUUGCAAAGGUGUCAGUUAGGUGGGGUUUUCCCCUUACUGUGCAAGAUGCAAAAUCCUCCCUUCCAGAACUGUCUCUUCUAUACCAUCAUGGAACGCUGGUGCUGCCUGUGGCUGUCGUGUUUCCUUUUGACCUUGGCUUACGGUCUGUGCUGACAUAGCUGCUAGUGGGGUGUUUUGGUUUUUAGCUUUUUUAAAUUUGGGUGGUGGGAGGGGAACUGUUGCAAGGAACCUGACGCAUGUAUAGAGAGAUGUUGGCUAUAAUAGAAGCAUCUGGUUAGAUCAGUUCCUGCUACUAACUUUUCCAUGCCAAAGGGCUGAUGAUCUGCAUUGGGAUGAUCUGCUUGAUCAUGUUGUCAUGUUGCCUUUGCUCCAUUUGCUCUGGCUUUGUUGGCCAGCAAAGGAAAGGAAGAAAUGAGUACAUCAACUGAUGGUCACACCUGUAAUGCUUGCUUGGUGGUCUGAUAGAAACAGUCUAUUAGACAUCUUGUGCUUCAGCCACAUGUCUGUAGUGUGGCAUAGGAUUUGAAAAUGGCCAAGAGUGGCAAAAGUAAGGCUUGCAAUAAUAUCUUCUCAAAAGAUGAAAUAAGAAGGUACUGCUACUAGUGCUUUCCAAGAAACAACUUUUUUUCUUUUUCCACCGGACCAGUUCAUGGUAUCCUUGACCAAGAGAUUUCCUUCUGUUUCCCCAGGCUGUGGCUUCUUAGUGCAUAGACCAUGCUGAUCUAGACUAGCAUAAGCACAUAGUAUCCCUAAUACCAGCUCUUGCAAGGUCCACAGUCUGCACCAGUAACUCUGUGGCUCCAGUUACUGACCACGGCCCUGGCUUGCUAGACUGCUGUUGCUAGUCUGCUUCUGGAGCCUCACUCUGCCCCAAUGCAGUGAGAUCUGACUGGGCUCAGGAUGUUGUAUACAGUACCUGCAGAAGAGACUUCCUACUACAAUGGUGUCCUCAACUGAGAGGUAGCAGGCCUGUAGGGCACUGGGUGAUGACUGCAUCGGGAACCCUUCUGCCACUCCCCUCAGCAGAGGGGCUUGAGGCUAAGCUCCUGGUGGAGGCCAGAGUGAGAUGUGGACUACAGCUUCAGACCAAGAUGGCACAGAGUCCAGCCUGCAGGGAAGUGGGACCCAGACUGCCUUGAGCUGAUGUAUCUGGCUAGCUGAAGCAAGUUUUGGCUGCAUGCCCAAGUCCUGGAAGAAGGUAAUAACCUGGCUCCUCCACAAAAACAGUGAGCCUGAUCUUCUACAUCCCUGGAGGCCCAUCAUCCUUUGCUCUACCAUAUGUGUAAACAGUAUGCUGGGCUACAACUCGGCCCAGAUCACAUACUUGGCAGUGAAUGGAAGGGUCACUGGUCUGAAUCAGGAAGCUUUCAUGUCCAGUGAGGGCUGUUGAACACAACUUUGCUGCUGGUGACCCACAAUCGCACCCAGAGAGCACGGUGUCCACAUGCAGGUUGGUGCAGGCUUCUGGCGCAGUCCCUUACCCAGGCAUCUUCAUCAUCUUCCAGGAGCUUGGGAUGUCAGGCCAGACUUCCCUAGCUGGUCCAUAAGGUCUACAACAGCUACAGUAUCACUUCCUGCAAAUGGGUGUGAAACACUGUUCCUGACUGACCGUACUACUUUCAACCAAGGCUGCCUCUAAUAUCCCAGCAUCAGAACACUCGGCCCAUCUUUUUGUGCAGGGGUCCCAGGCAAAAAGGUAGAUAUCCAGGUCUCUGAGGAUGACUUGAUGAACUCCUGAAGGUGCUGAGCAAAAGCAGUGAGGCAGCUGACUGAGCAGAGCUCUUGUUUCCAUGCAGUCCAAUGUGUUUCACUGUCACCUUUGGAAAGAAAUUGUUAUGGCUCCCAGUAUCGCGAUCCAGCAUGCACCCACAAGAGAGGUGGCAAUUAGUUAGGCCUACCUUGGCCUUAGUUCAUGCGUGAGUCAUUGAGCAUGGUGGAUGCAGAAGGACACCAUGCUGGGCAUGGGGCAGGAUGCCUACCACCUGGACCAAUUUGUGGGUACCCUGGCGAAAGACGGAAGGAGUACCAUGUCUCUGGCUGCAGCUUUUGGGCUUGUUCCAUCUCAACUGCAGCUUCCAAUUCCAGAGCCAGACCCCUCUAUUCACAAUUUGUAGGAAACCAUUUUGGACUGCCCUCAUACUCCAAGCAUCUAAUCGCUUAUCCAGACCACCGAUGCCUUGGUCCAAACAGUCUACCAGGACCAGUCCUUUCAGAGCUGUGGGGCAGGCCCCAAAAUGGACAUGCAAACUGCACUCUGCUUGAACAUCCCCAAAAGCCCUUUGUAGCCCCUGACUCCCAAGAUAUGAUGAUCCAUCUUCAGCAGGCAGUUCAGCAGCUCCAGGCCCUGAUUGAAUCCCUGAAGGGGAAAAACAGGACCUGUUUGCCUGCCUGGAAGAGGCCCAGGCCAAGGCUGGGCAAGACCUGGCAAGAAGACAAACCCACAUGGGCAGUAGCAGCACUUGCUUCUGGCAGGAGGGCUUUAGCUGAGGCUCAAAUCCCACUCCCUGAGCACUUGAGUAGGAGCCAAGGAAGUGUUCUGGGAUUCCUGAAUUGGCGCUGCCUUCUGUUCCCCCUGCGCCCCAUCAUUUGUUCCACAGACCAGGCCAAGAUGGGACUAAUCAUGAGCCUGCUUGCAAGGGGGAGUCCUGGCCUGGGUCACCUGCUGAUACCAUGGAACCUUGCUACUGAUUUUUCUGAUGACCCCCAGAAAACCUGUAGGCUAUGCCCUAAGUUGGGCCUCUGGGGGCAUGAUAGCCUUGUGAUGGGGCAUCUCAAGCAGGCCUUCCUCAGCAGUCCCAUCCUUGCACAGACUUCUUACAUUUGUGAUGGGGGCAGUGUUGUGGGGACAGGUGUCCCAAUAUAGCGGAGCCUGAAGAUCUUUAGUACCCUUCUACCUGCUACUGAAGAUAAAUAGCAUCCGUAUGAUCUAGUUUAUGGUAUUUGGAAUGAGGAGGCCCUUGACAUCAAAGCAGGCUUUUCACAGUGGUGUCCCCACCUGGAGGGGGACCGCACCCCAUAGAGGUCCUCAUGGAUAAGCACCACCUGGAAUCUCUGACCUGCAAGAAGCCUGAACCAGAGACACUGGGCUGGUUCCUAGCUUGCUAAUGGCUUCAGUUCUUCUAAUUGUGUAGCAGCCAGAGACGUGCAUUGGCAGGAGGGACGCCUUGUUGUGGAAGAAAUACCGCUGCAUUGCCCACCACAGCACCUGUCAAUUUUUCUGGGGCCACAGAAGUUCUUAUAGGCAGCACUGGGGGAGGGAUUGGAUGGAAGUGCUCCAAUCUCCUUGUCAAGACCUUCUGUUCACUGAGUAGUGUAUUUGACUGGCAAGGUUACAGACUGUCCGACUGCUUCUAGAAACUUGCAGGAAAUGCACGUGUCCCCGACCUAGUCCAAGCUUUCCAUCAGAGUUACCCAGAGAAGGCUGUCCCAGAAGCCCUUGUCCGUGCAUUGUGCUAGGAAAUGUACUGUAAGGAGACCAGACUGGAGCCCUGGAGUCGGGGGCUCCGUCGGAAGACCAGAGCUACUCAUCUCCUGAGCAGGUGCCACCUGCAGCAAGCCCAGAGCAGAGGCCUGGUCCCACUGGGCUGAGUGAGGCAAUGCAGGCAGCUAAUCCCCCUACAGUCACUAUCUGGCCUUAGACAAACCAAACGACAAACAGUAGGCCUGUUCUUGCUUUUGUCUUGUUGUUAGUGGUCCCUGCUUCAUCCCUGUGGAUGGUGUUUUUAAAGGGUUGACGAGAAGGGGAAAGAAUGAAGAUGAGGGUGGAGGUUGGGGCCCAGGAGUGGUCAUGCAUCUCUUUCUACUUUAGGUGGUGCCCAGGAUGUUUUACCUUUGGGUUUUACAGACCACUUCAUGCUAAAAGGGGUGGUGGGUAUGGAAAUGGUGUGUGAUGAUGUGUCUUAUGGAAAUAUAAAUUUGUGGCUUUUAGGGGCUGUGGAGAGCUCUUGUAAAGGGUAGCAGGCACUGAAAAUCUGUGUUAGGAACAUGUGGGAAUGGUGGCACACGGUAAGGAAAAGAACUGAGCAGUUUGUCAUGAGAGCGGGUGGUAGAGGAUGAGGUCAAGGUGGAAGAGCUUGAGGUGAAUCUGUGCUCCAGUGCUGCUUAAUGCCUCUGGAGUGGGGUAGGGCAUUCGGGACUGAACUAGAUGUCAUCAAGAGGGCCGUGGAAAAGGGUUGCGUGUUUUUUCUGCUCGUGUCGCAUGGACAGAGAAGGGGAAGGGCUCAUCCUGCUACUGUUGGAUAGCCAGAAGGACUUGGCUAUUAAAAGGGUGCAGCAGUGCACUAGACUGCCGAGAGAAGGUGUGGAGCCUUCAUCAAUGGGAGUGUGGGGAAAAAGAGGUUAGAUAAACAUGGAUCAAAAAUGCUGUAGGAGUAACUAUACCUAUGCUCUACUCUGGCUCUGUCCCAUUAGGCAACCAGUGAAGCCCAGAAGCAGGCGGCUGGCAAAGAAUGGUUUUCUUACCCUUUGUAUGUGUGUUGUGGGAGGUAUUUUCAUUCCUCGGAAGCACUGGGUGUUGACUACCACCAAGGCUGGAGAUUGUGCCAAUGCUCCUGCCUCAAGUGAAAAGCAGAAGUCCAUGGCUAAAGCAUCUUGGCCCCUUGCUCAUGGUCAUACUGAUUUGCCACAUUUGGAGUGAGGAAGGAAUAUUAGCCCCUCAUAGGGAUUGACCCAUAUUGUGGGCAUAGGUGCCUUCCUGUAGCAGGGGCACAGCCCUCUUGCUUGUUCAUCGUUCUGUGUCUUCUAACAACCCUUUUAGGAAAAGGACAUGGGUUACUUGCCAUGGCUUCAUUUGUGGCAAGUUAGGGUUUUAUAUGUGGGGGUAGUUCUAGAAAAUAAGGUGGGGAUAGGCAUGAUCCUGCUUCAGGCCAGGGUUGGACUAGAGGACCUCUUGUGGACCUUGCCAGCUCAUUUUCCUCCUUUUGAGGAAGAAGGGGUGCAGUGAUCUGAAUAUGCUUGUGGAGGAAGGGAUGAUGGCUGGAAGGCGUGCAAAGAUUUCAUAUGGGAGUUUGAGAGGAGGGAGUGGGGUGUGGUAAGCAAUGGGCUACUGUGCCUUCGUGUUAAACCUGCUGCUUCCCCACUUGCUGUGGUGUGCUGUAAUGGUUAUUCUGAUGACAGCCUGUCUCUUGCUAGAAUAUUGUGUGUGCUGUUCAGACUACAUGAACAACUUCCUGCUCUCUACUAGUGGCACUCCAGCUUUAGUUCAUACUGCUUUCAAUUCUUUCCUUCUCCCUCAGUUUCAUCAAGAAAUAGUUGCACUAUCCUUCUUCCUUCUCAACCCAAGGUGCCUUACCUAAAAAAAAAAUAAAAUAAAAGAAGGUAAUUUUAUAUCUUCCUUUUAAUGCAAUUGACAGAAGAAUGGUUGUCUUCCAGACCUCCUACUUGUGCACCUUGUACAGCUUCCUCUUAAUGUCUUGCUUCCUUGUCUAUAAUUCCUCUAAUUCUUCAGUCCUCUUCAUCUUUUCCUGGCCCAAAAAAACAGAAAAUUCUCAUGGUUUUUUUUCUUCUGAAUCGUCUUCCACUACUCUAGCAUUCUCCUCAGCAUCUUCCAUCCUUCAUAUAACUUCAUGUUUCUUGACAAGCUUUCUCAUCCUGCAGUGUUUAACCAUGCAACUUUUAUACGCCUUUCCCACUGCUUGCACAUUUGUCCAAGCACGCUUGAAUUCUCAGGAUAUGAUCACUAAAAGCAACAUCCCAAAUCUUCUUCCCAAUCAAAAUUCAUUUUGAUGCCAGGACAACCUCUGUUCUCAACACCUUCCUCCCACCUAGUUCCUCUCGUGUGGCCACUUUCUCACCUGUGUGUGUGUCAAAUGCGUCUUUAUUGAUUAUUUCAUAUAACGGGCUCAGUGAGCUCAAACAUCCCCUCCCCUAACACUUUUCUCCAAUUCAUCUAAUUAAAGGACCCCAGAAGAUGGGUAAAACUGCGAGUUAUAGUUACUCUAGUGCAAGUAGGGAUUUGUGGGGCCACAACCAUGGGCAAAGCAGAGUUCAUCUACUGUUUGAAGAUGGCAAGAUGGAUCCGUGGGACUCGAGUGUUGUUGUAGCCCAUGAUAAUUUCAAGCUGUGGAUUGUGACUCUCUUUUUUUUCUGGAAAAGAGGGGCAUAUAAAGCUCUCUGGCAAAGAUGUCUGUGAAAAUAGCUGAUUGGGCUGAGGUGAAGGGCUUACGUUUUUGAUGUUGGAGAGGGAGCACCGGAAAGGGUGUUUUUCCCCCUCCCCCAUCUGCUUUGAAUGGCUACUGAUGUGUUGGAAAUGGAGGACCUAGGAAGAUUGCUGGAGAGUUGGGUGGAAAGGUUUUUUGUAAAUGCCAAAUGUGGAUGGGGUCUUGGUUGGUGAGGGUUAUUUUAGAGGAAGAAGGGAAUU